CCUGUUUCGUUGAUUGUCUGGUUUGAAGUAUAUCGUUUUCAUCUAAAACAUUAUAAUAUAACGCGAAUGAUGGAUCAUCAAAUGUUCAAAAUAUACAAUCAGGAAGACUUUAACAGAAUUACAAAGGGAAUCAAAGUUGCACAAUGUAUGCAAUCGCGAUCGUCAUCAGUUUCAGACACUGAAAGAGUAUUAAGUCAACUUGAUGACUUAGUUGUGUCAGAUUCUUUAAGUUGUUCAUUUUGUAAUACUAUAUUUGAAGAUAAAGCACAACAGAGACUUCAUUACAAGUUAGAUUGGCAUCGGUAUAAUUUGAAGCAGCAUUUAAUUGGAUUAAAACCUAUUAGUGAAGAUAAAUUCAAUCUCUUAGCAGAUGAAGGUGAUGUUUCAAGUUUAUCUGGAAGUGAUGCAGAAAGUGAAAAUGAAGAUGAGACCUAUGUCUCAGAAGCAGGUAGUUCUUCCAGUGGACAUUGUGCAAGUAAAAACAACAUUAAUAAAAAUAAAAAAAUAGAAAAAAGGGGGAAAGGUACCGAAUCAGUUUCUGAUAGUUCUGAUACAGAAUGUUGUGAUGAUGCUACUAAAGAAAAAAAAGUUGAAGCUUUAUUGGCCACUGCAAGUCGUCAUUCUAAAGUUUUCUUCGAGAAUGAUGAUGGAAACAUAUUUAGUAUAUACAGGUGUCUACUCCAUAAUAAGAAGGAAAUUCCAGAGGUAGACAAUGAGAUGAUUGCUCAGGCAUUAGACAGUGGGAGAAAAACAACCUGGACUGUUAUCAUGAUUGGUGGGGGACAUUUUGCUGCAGCUGUAUUUCAAGAUGGAGAACCCAUUGUGCAUAAAACAUUUCAUUCUUAUACUGUACGAGCGAAGCAAGGAUUUGCCCAAAGUUCGCGUACAACAGCUAAUCAUGCGAAAAGUGCCGGAGCUAGUCUGCGUCGUUAUAACGAAGCAUCUCUUCUUCAGCAUGUACAAGAUAUACUUGAAUCAUGGUCCUCUUACAUUAACAAUUCCUCUCUAAUUUUAUAUAGAGCAGUUGGACCAUAUAAUCGUACUGUAUUGUUUGGUGGAAAAAAUCCACCCUUAGAUAAAAGUGAUUUCAGAUUGAGACCAUUACCGUUUCCUACUCGCAGAGCAACAUUCAGUGAAGUCAAGAGGGUAUAUGAUAUAUUAAGUACUAUGGAAAUUUAUGGUUCUGCAGCUGAUUUUAGAGAUUCUUUUCCAAUUUCACCGCGACAACCUCUUAGAAAAAAGGUUCCAAAAAUUGAUGUGUCAUGUGAAUUGCAAGAAAAAACGGAAGAUGGGGAGUGUGAUUUUAAUAAUACAUGUAAUCCCCAAGAAGAUGAUAAAAAUAAAAUUGUUAUUCAGCCAUCUCCUGAAAGACAACACAGAAAUUCUCGAUCUCACAUAGAUAGAGCAAAACCAAGAAAAAGUCCAUGCCGUCCUCUACCCGAUAUCGUUGCUAAAUUAGCACAGUCAUCUUCGGAAUCAGAAUUAGAUAGCCAGAUAAGCACUGCUAAUAUUCCAAUGGAUGUUUCUUUAAAUGAACAGGAAUUAGAAAUAGAAUUUAAUGAAAAUUUACUCGCUUUCCAAGAUACUGUGCCAAGAUAUAUGAAAAAUAAGAAAGCUCGCCGACAGAAAAAAAAAACGAGAAAAGAUGAUUAUACAAUAAAUGAACUAUUAGCCAGCGCUAGAGUUAAAUUAUGGUCUGCAUGUAAAUUAGGAGACACUGAACUACUGUCGUCUGUUAUUGAUACUUUGUUAGUAGAAGUGGAGAAGAGUAUGGAGUUAGAAGAACAAAAUAAAGAAGAUGUAUCUACUGAUGCUAGUUCAAUUAUAAAUAAAGAUGAUGUAAUAAAAUUGGUAAAUGAUUGUAAUGAAGAUGGUAAUACGAUGUUACAUUUAGCAGCUCUGGGUGGACAUUUAAAAUUAGUGUGGCAACUACUGGAAAUUGGGUCAGAUCCUUGCAAUAAGAAUAAAAAAUGUCAAACACCAUAUGCAGCGACGAACGAUAAGGAAACUAGAAACACUUUUAGAAGAUUCAUGGGCGCUAAUCCUGACAAAUUCAAUUAUAGCAAGUCUCAAAUACCUGGGCCACUUACCGAUGAAAUAGAGCAGGAAGAGUUAGAAAAAAAGAGACAACAAAGGAAAGUGAAACGGGAAAAGGAUAAAGUGAAAAGAAAAGAAUUUGAACUUAAAAAGCAAGAAGAAGAUGCAAAACAAAUCUUCCUUAAUCUUAGUGACAGAGAAAAGAGAGCAUUAGUUGCAGAGCAACGAAUUUUAAAACAAGGUUGCACUAUAGUUUCAAGAUGCUUUUACUGUGGUGUGAAUAUUGAAGGUCUGAUGUAUUUCGAAUAUAAUUCCAAUCGUUUCUGCUCUAUGCCGUGCUUGAAACAGCAUCGUCUUUUGUAACGUUUAAGCCUUCAAUU